GCGUCUGUCUCCCUCUCCUUGGCCCACAGCCCGGGCCAGGCUCGAUGCAAGCCGCCUCUCCAGAGCUCCAGCCCCUGCCCGCGCACGGCCCCCGUUGCGCGAGUGCGCCCACUAACCCGCCAGCCAUCGACGCUGGCAUUCGCCGAGCAGUCCAGCUGAACGCGCUCGACCGUUUGGGCAGUCCGCGUCACCCUCUGCAGCAGCCCGCAGCCCAUGCCCCCACCGUCUCUCUGGGACCGAGCAAAGCAGCUCUACAGUUCUCCCCCAGCCCUGAUGUCCGCCCACUCGCCCCAGGACGGCCCUGCGCGGCCCCCCGUCUCCCUCCGCUCCCCGACUGCGGUCAUACACCUCGAGUACGCGAGCACCAGCCCGCCCCCGGUGCCCUCCCCGGAAUGGACGCGCUUCGUCUGCAUCAGCGACACCCACUCCCGCAUGGUCCACCGGACGAUGGAGUGGAUAGGCGACCUCCCGCAUCGGACGAAGAUUAUCAUCGCAGGCAACCACGACCUCCCGCUCGACUACCACGACGACUGGUACGACAAGAACUACACCCGCUGGCACGGCAUGUCCAAGCAGAACAUCGGCCUGAUCCAGGAUCUCAUACAAGGCCGCAGGGCGACCAAGUCCGGCAUCGUAUACCUCGAAGACGAGUCUUAUGAGUUCCGCGCCAAGCCGGACGGGCGGAAAUGGACCGUGUACGGCUCGCCGGUCAUGGUCCCCUACUUCCACAACUGGGCGUUCAACUACCAGCGCGGAGAGGAGGCCGAGAAGCUUAUGGCCGCGGUCCCCAAGACGGACAUACUGUCAGGACCCAUUUGCAUUCAGACGCGAUGCCGUGGAUGACGAGCCAGUUCCCUUCACACAGGUUGACGCAUACACCGCCCCACGACAUCAUGGACAAGACAGUCGGGGACGAGCACGUCGGGUGCGAGGCGCUCGCCGCCCGCCUCCCCGCCAUCCGGCCGCGCCUCCAUGUCUUCGGGCACAUCCACGAGGACCACGGCGCGCUCGUCCACGAGUGGCCCGCCGCCGACGCCGAGCCAGAGCCACAGCCCGAGGGCGAUGCCGAGGGCGCGGAGGGCGCUGACUCGGGCCAGAAGGCUGAGCAAACCAUCUUCGUGAACGCCGCGAACUGGCCCAUGGGCCCGAAGGCAUACCGCCCGGG